GUACCUUUUAGUAUACGGACUGAAGAUGCUCUUGUGACCAAGUACCUUAUACACCGAGUCUACACCUCCACCAUCAACAACAACGACUCAAACCCAGACCCAAAUCUCAGGGCCCGGCUCCAAAAAUCGCAUCUGAUAAUGCCCGCCGCGGUUGAUAUCCCACUCCCCAGAACAAUCUCCCAUCAAAAAGAACAAGACGAUACCAUGGACCUCCCCUACCGACUCAAAAACUCAAUGACAGUGACAGAGUGGGAUCCCACGCAAUUCUUUCGCGAGGGAUACCCUUCCUCCCCUUAUGCCCUGUUGAUCCUCAACCAUCCAAUCAACGAAAAGGCCUACGAUGUUCUCCAGCGACAUGCAUGUAUCACGGUCUGCGCCGACGGCGGCGCAAACCGAUUUUACGAGAUGAUGAAGGCCCGCGGGAGGGAGUCUACAGAUUUCCCCAGCGCCAUAAUCGGCGACCUCGACUCCAUCCACCCGGAGAUCCGCACGCACUACGAAACCCUGGGCGUCCCCGUCAUCCAACACAUCGACGACUACAGCACGGACUUCCACAAGAGCCUGCAGUAUAUCCAAAGGAACACGGCGACUAUUCUUGCCGCGGCGGCAGCACCAACCCCAUCAUCAUCAUCCACACCACCACCACCACCACCACCAUCAAAUUCAGCUACCACCACAAAACCCACCUCUACCUCCAUCUCCCACUCUCAACAUCCACCUAAAUCCCUCGAAAUCCUCGUCCUAGGCGGGCUAGGCGGCCGCGUCGACCAAGCCUUCUCCCAGAUCCACCAUCUCUUCUACAUGACGCAGGAGCUCAGAGCCACCACUGCCACCAGCAGCUCCGACUCCAGCACGGAUGAACCCCAAUCCCAACCCCAAGGGCACCAGAACCCCGGACCAAACCUCUACCUCAUCUCCGAAGAGAGUAUCACAUUCAUCCUGCGCCCCGGCCGGAAUAUCGUGCAGACGCCGCUGGUGAAUCGCCCUGCGCCUGCCCCAACAUCUAACCAUGACGAUGACGAUGACGAUAACGCAGACCAGAAAAUAAUCCCCGAGGUGCAGAGCAGCACCACCACCACCACCACUACCACGACGGCGGAAACCCAUCUCCUCGAGGAAAACGUCGGGAUCAUCCCGCUCCUGGGCCCGGCGCGGAUCACCACCGCCGGGUUCCAGUGGGAUGUGCGGGACUGGAGGACGGAGAUUGGAGGCCAGCUGAGCACGAGCAAUCACAUUCGGGCGGAUAUGGUCGAGGUCGAGGCCAAGAUGCCGGUGCUGUUGACAUUGGAGCUGGCGGAGCGGUUCAAGAAGAAAUGAGUACCCUUUUACUCUUCCCGGGGUCGGUGAGGGUUGAGGGCUCAGGCUUGGUUGGUUCUAGCUUCGCACUUAUUAUAGAGCUUUAAGGUUAGAUGACAUAUAUAAUGUUUUG